UUCGACACUGUUGUUUUAUUCAUUGCCAUCGUUUAUUUAUUAUAAACACAAAUAAUUUCAUAAAACAGUUUAAAACUAUUAAGUUUUAUGCAUACUUAUUUAAAUGAUAAGGGCGGCUGCCCGGAAUUGGAGCAAGACGAGCUUCAAUGCAUUUAUAUUUCUUAGUAUAUUCGGAUUAUGGCAGCGCUUACGAUAAUAAUGGAAAGAAGACCUAAUACUUUGUAUGGGGAGUGCCGAUUUUGCUUGUUAAAAGGUUAUCAUAGAGACAUAAUGAAGGAGUACUUCACGAACGGCACUCGUGAGGUGUACAUCGACAUUUUUAUGGAAUGUUUUAAUUUGUAUCUAUCAACAAACAAACAAUUAAGUACGCUGAUAUGUACAUCAUGCAUUCAAAGGUUACGGGAAGCAAAUCGUUUCCGGUUGAUGGUCGUCAACACGGAACAGCAACUGCUUGCCAAUGUUCUCGACAAGGAGACUGUAUUCAUCAAUGUGGGCGACCUCGAAACCGAUAUGGACAUCAAACCUGAACAUGCUCAUCAGCUCGAGGUGAAGGUCGAACCCAGUGACUCCAUGGACUGUGACUUCACAUUUGAUGAUACGGAUGACAUUGAGCUAAAAGAUGAUGACAAGCGAGAGAAAAUAGACGGCGAAGCUGAAUUACUAGCGAGGUUCCCUCACAGAUACAAGCUGCCAACGAGGAAGACGCUCUACACGAGGCCCUGCAAAGGUUUCGCGAUACAUCUCGAUAUGUUAAGAGGUAAAAACAUUCUCCCGAGAAUGGUGGCUAAGCUCUUGGAAGACGAAAGCGAAGAUUCGCCACGGAAAAAGGUAUACGUGACGGAAAAAAUGGCUCAAAUACAGAACACGACGACUGUCAUAGAGUUCUCCAAUGUAACGGUUUUCAAGAGUAAAAAUAGAGUCGGAUUCCCUUGCUUCUACUGUAGGAGCUCCUUCGAAAACUUCGACACGUUACGCGACCACCAAGCGAAGGCACACAAGAAAUCGGAGACAAGGAAAAUCGUUGCGCGUUACGGCACUGAAUGUUUGGUCGUAUACGCCGACAUAACAGACCUGCAAUGUCUGAUUUGUAACGAAAAAUUAUCAACUUUGAAUGAGCUCAAAGCGCAUCUCGUGAAGGUUCACGAUAAGAAAAUACAUCCAGAGUUCACAGAUCGAGUAAUCCCAUUCAAGCUAUCACACAACAAACACCCAUACGAAUGCCAGUCGUGUGGCUGCAACUUCGAAACAUUUGGAUCGAUAGAACGCCACAUGAACGUCCAUUACAGGAACUACGUGUGCAAUCAGUGCGGAACGGGUUUCGUGACCAAAUAUCGUCUGAAAGUCCACAUAAAAAGUAUGCACGUCGGCGGCAGCUUCCCAUGCGAGAUAUGCAAGAAGGUUUUCACGACGCACCAGAAACACAAGAACCACGUCGACACAGUGCACAAAAUGCUCAAAAGGUUCAAAUGUCCGAAAUGUCCGGAACGUUUCUCCGAAUAUUUCCGACGUCAGAAACAUUUGGUCGAAACGCACGGAUCGGCACCCUUAAGGUACAAGUGCAAUGUGUGUGACAAAGCAUUCGAUAGACGGUACACGUUAUCCAGACACAUGAAGAGAGAUCACUUAGAGGAGAGGGACUUCCAGUGUCAGCUGUGUGCGUAUAAGUGUUUCACGAACAAUGAGUUACGAGUGCACAUGAUAAAACACAACGGGGAGAGGAUACACGAAUGUUCAGUUUGUAAAAAGUCGUACGCGAGGAAGAAGACCCUGAGGGAACAUAUGCGUAUACACAACAAUGACAGGAGAUUCGCGUGCGCGGUCUGCGGGCAGGCAUUCGUGCAAAAGUGCAGUUUGAAGGGACAUAUUAAAACACACCAUUUAGAUUACAAUCUGCCGUGAUAUGUUAUUUAAUAAUAAAUUAUAUUAGAUA